UGUAGGCAAUUUUCAUCACACGUCUGGGAGCCACGUCAUUAGACGGUCGUAGUGGCAGUAUCGCGUCCUGCAGUUACUAAAGUUGGAUUGCAAACAUGAAUAUUUUUAGACUUGGUGGUGACCUAGCUCACUUAUUAGCUAUAAUAAUUCUUCUUCUAAAAAUAUGGACGACAAGGUCUUGUGCUGGAAUAUCCGGCAAAUCCCAGAUCCUGUUUGCUCUGACCUUCACAGCUCGUUACCUUGACCUAUUCACAAACUUUGUGUCAGUUUACAACAGUGUAAUGAAGGUUGUGUACCUGGCUGCUGCAUAUGCCACUCUCUACUUGAUGUACGUCAAGUUCAAGGCUACAUACGACCACAACCACGACACCUUCCGCCUUGAAUUUCUCAUCCUGCCUGCUGCUGGCCUAGCCCUCAUCAUUAAUCAUGAGUUCUCUAUUAUUGAGGUGAUGUGGACGUUUAGCAUUUACCUGGAGGCCGUGGCAAUCUUGCCUCAGCUGUUCAUGGUCUCCAAGACUGGGGAAGCAGAGAGCAUCACUUCUCACUACCUUUUUGCUCUGGGCUCCUACAGGGCUCUCUACAUCGUUAACUGGGUGUACCGAUACUACAGCGAAGGUUUCUACGACAUGAUCGCUACGCUGGCUGGCGUCGUGCAGACGGUCUUGUACUGCGACUUCUUCUACCUCUACAUCACUAAGGUUUUGAAGGGGAAGAAGCUGCAGCUGCCUGCAUAGGAGGGACAAUCGCCCUGCAUGGCUUGCAGUUCUCCUCUUCGCUUCUCUCAGCGACGCUUCAACUUCUCAAGACCAACUGGUGGAAGAGUCAGUGUAUGCUGCUGCAAAACUCUGCCUGUUAACGCUGCUUGUUAGACAGUUUCCUUUAUCAAGUAUGAAAUGUGGCUGGACAAAAAUGUAUACAAGACACCUCGUGCACUUCUGCUUAUAGAACAGAUUUGACAAAGAAAUUUGUUUCACAGAUUGUUUCUAAAUUUACGGAUUGUUUCUAAAUUUGAAUGAAGUUGAAGGGUAAACGAGGUAAAUUAGUUCCUGUCGGGAUGGCGUACUACCAGCUAAACUUGUCAACAAUCAAGCUUGAGCCAUUCUUUCCCAUGAAUACCAUAAUAUAGCUUCAUUCAUACAUGACUUGAUACAACAAUCAUGGCUAAGUUAAUUUCUGUUUUGAGGGCUCAGUAUGCGCCUUAAUGAUGUUGUCUCUCUAAUAGUGUUGAGCAUUGGUUGCAUUGAUUGGUUGAUGAGUACAUUUUAUGUGCACUCAAGUCAUUGGGGUUCAUUUAUUUCCUUUUGCAUUACUUCCUUCGAGGAUUGGCCGCAUUCGUUGAUUAGUUAUGUAUAACGGAUAAAACUUUUUGGGGGAUAUAGAAGUACUUAUUUUAUAGUUGUCUUGAUAUAAAUUUAUUAAUUGUUUAAUGAAAGAAGAGAUAAUGAUUGCAUCUGGCAUCGUAUAAAUUGGUUAUUUACUAAACAUUAAUUUUCACUGUGAGAAUGCGCAAAUUUCGCAUGUCUUCCUCCAGUGCCUGGAAAUUUAACUACUGGCAAAGUUAUUUUAAUUCGUUCUCGGCUCCUUUAGUUCUUUUGCGCAUUCAUUUUCAGUCAUUUCUUCAAUUGUUCACUGUAAUAUUUGUGUGUAGAAAAAUGAAGAUCCUGAUGAUGUGAAUCAUUAAUUUCUCUGUAUUGUAUAUCAAAUGAUCUAGAGAUAGCACGUCUUUUUGGGGUUUUCCUACCUUCUGCAGUUUUUAAUGGCGAUUCUCUAGUAUAAUUUUAAUAUGGCGGUACAAGGCGUUAAUCAAACUGUAAGUUAUUGGAAAAUCUUAUCAAUCGCCAAUUAGAUUUGAAUGUUUAACAUUCCUUCUUCUGUGUCCUUAAUUACAUUAUCUCGCAUUUCUGAUUGCAGAAUUUGAAAGAGAAGGGGACAUUUAUGUAUGAAUUGAGUGAGGUAGUCUUAUUUUAAUUUUUAUUCGUCAUUACUUUCUCACUGUGAAAUCAGCUUCUUUCAUGCCAGGAUUUUCUGCCUUCUGUCUGAUUUUCAUGUUCUUUGCUUGAAAGUCAACUUUUUAUUGCCGCUAAUUAUAUUUUUACUAGAAUAUUGUGGUGGCUACCACGCAGGUUUGGCUCAAUUAGAUGUGCUCUGAUGAAUGAACAUCGGUAGCAGCAAGUUCUGGAGUUCUUCGUCCUUAAUAUCGAGACUUCUAGGCAGCUUUCUAACGAUGGAACUACAUCAGUCCAGCUGCUGUUCAAUAAUCAUCGUUGUGGAAAGAUACCUCAGAAAUACUUUAGAUAACUUACGAGUGUGGCAGAAAAGCGGUUUGAUAUGUGUGUCACGAUGUCUAGAUAGUGUCAGUCUUGUUAGAAGUUGAGUCGUUCCUACACCUGCUGCUUCUUUGUUUGCAUUAUUUAUCUUAAACAUCAUACCGUAUGUUAUUUCUUAUUAGGCAAAAUUUACCUUUGGUUCCCUGGUCUUAUUUUUCAGGAUCUUAAUUUUUUUCUUUCCAAGUUCCAUCUUAGCAACAAAUAUUCUUUUGGCUUUGCGCACAAGGUUUAAUGUUGCAGUUGGUUGCUGGGUUUCGGAGUUUGAAUGGAAGCUUCAUGGGCUUGGAUUUAUAACUGGAUCAGUUGACUGCCGCCAAAAAAGCCGCUACGGAUACGUGUACAGUUGUUUUCUUUAGAAAAUAUAGUAUUGAUUUUUGUUAUUAUAGAGCAGUGUCUGAGAACACGUCGGAAACUUGUGGGUUUUUUUCAUUUGAGAAGUCUAUUAUUACAUUUGUUUUUGUUAAUGCUGAGAUGACGAAUCUAAAGCCGUAUAUUUCGAACUGAGCGGUUAUGUUUGCACAUUAAUUUCGGUUUCAUUUUUUAUUAAAGCCAAAUUCUUCCAGUUCUAGAUUAUCUGUUAUUAUCUGAAGCCUACUUUUUGUGAGGCAGCAUUAAUACAAACGUUCAGGUACAGCAGUCGAUGUUACAUCAUUGUGGCGAGUUAAAUAAAAAAAAAAACAUUAUUCGGGCCCAAAACCGAUAAACUCUCUUAAAUUUUAGAGAGUUUUGGAUUCGGUGACUGAUUGGUUCGCAACAAAUUUGUCAUCUUGUUAUUAAUGUUUUCAAUCAAUGUGAAGGACUCGUGUCAAUAAGCGCAAGCAGCCGCCCAUACCUCCUCCUCGAGUCGUGGAGCCUCAACGCUUCUGUAUCGUUGUAACUGUGCCCAGGCUGUCUGGAGGUUCCAUUUUAUUUAUUACCUGUAUCUUAAGUUCAAUACUUAGAGGUAGGAAUGUGGCAUUAGUUUAAUCUUGUUAAAACUUCAUUUUUAUGACUUAUUUGAUGUUGAACUCGAGCGUCACACUAACUUGCUUCUUCCAGGCGUUUUUGUGCUUUAGCAAAUUUAUCGUAAUAAAAUUCAAUCUCUUGACAACUUGACGUUAAAUGCUUGAUAAUUAGAUGAAUUAGUAUCUAAUGGAACAUUAAGGUGCCAGUCUCAUUUAGACGUAUUUUUUUUCAUCACUGAGCUUUAGCAUUAUUCGGUGUUUUUGCAAUAGUUAGUAAUUUAAGAAGAUAUCUAGAAAUAUUAUUGCCCUGCGGUCAAAAUGAGUAAAAACUUGGCAGUUU